AGAAACACACUCCCUCUCCCUGUUGUGUCUCUCCACACUGCACAUGGUUACUCGCCUCUCUUUAAUCUGAAAGGAGAAACAGAAUGUGAUAGACGUUCUGCUCCAGGAGCCCUGACUCUAGCACAGAGCGCAGCUUUUGUUCUAUUUUUUGUUUUUUCUUGUUCAGGGAAAGAGCAUUUUUGCAUUUUCCUGCAUUUUCCUGCAUUGUUAUUUUUGUAGACAAGUCUUUACAUCAAGUUUUGAUGUAAACAAGGGCAAGAAUGCUGAAAUUUAAAGCUGGAUUCUGACCAAGGACACUCCUGCAGUUGUUUACACAGAUAGACAGCAGAGGACCUGUGAAGAGUGGUUGUAUCCACAAGAUAACCUGAGAUAAUCUUUCCUAGCCCUGCUGAAGCAUCUUUACACAGUCAAUAUGAAAGAGAGCUAUGGUGGCUACGAGAAUCAGCUCUUCAAAGAGGAGGACCUGACUGGCGAGGAGGAAGAGAUGCCUCCCUUUAGAGGAAGGACCCGAGGAGGCUGUGUGAAGUGCCAGCAGACUCAUUCUCUCCAGCUGGCCGUCAGGGUUCUCUAUGGCUUCUUUGCCUUCAUCAUCAUUGCUGUGGCUGUCUUGGCUUCCCUGGUUUUUAGAAAGGUUGACAACUUAUCUGAAGAUGAAUUGCUGUACCAUAAAAAGAUUGCCAAAGUCCAGGAGAGCAUACAAGAUCUCAGCACUGUAAACAACUGCACAGAGUGCUACAAUGUCGCCCACUUCCGUGAAGAAAUCGCCAGGCUCAAGAAGGAAUUUGAAGACAUCCAAAAGAUGGUUCAGAGUCAAGAGCAGUUACUGGACCAGAGCUCUCAAUCUCAGAAGACUCUGACACAGUCCAAUAACAGGAUGAUGAGAGACAUCCAGACCUAUGGGGCCACCAUGAAACAAAUAAACCAGUCUCUCGAGCAGUACCUUGAUCAGGUAAGCGGCUGGCAGGCUGUCAUUAACGAGACUGAUCUGGGCAUGAAGACUCUGGUCCAAGAUCAAUACGAUUUGAAAGCUACAAUGCAGCAAGUCAACACUACUGUGGCACUAAGCGCUAUGUGGAUAGAUGCUCUUCAGAGGAAGGCAGAAGAAGAGACUUUUGUGCUGCAGAAAAUGACAGUUGACUGGCAGAACUACAGCCGAGCACUAAGCACGCUGAAGUCCAGCUCCAGUGCCACUACGCAAACAAUGCGGACCAUCCAGAACGGCAUCUCAGCCACUUAUCAGCGGCUCAGCAUGAGCACCGAUAUGGUACAUGACCUUACCUUGCAAGUCAUUAACUUGCAGAUGCAGCUAGACAACGUGUCUGCCUUUAUUGAUGAGCAUGAGGAGAACAUGCAUGACCACCAGUACCAUGCCAAGUACUAUGAAAACAGGACUGGGGAAAGGUUUGUGACACUGGACGCAAGGAUGAACUCCAUUGAAAUGGAGAUUGACACCAUUGCCUCCAGCAUUAAUGCAACAGUUGCCCACGUUCAGAGCAUGUACAAAUACAUCAACAUGGAGAGCUCCUCUUGCCAGUCCAAGCUAGGCAGCCACACAGAGGACUUGCAGAAUUUGAACAACACUGUUUUACUUCUGCUAAACCUUGCUGAUUCUCUGAGAACACAGUACAUGCUGCUGAGUGUGCGUCUUGAUGUUGACAUGAGGAACCUCUCUAUGGUAAUGGAGGAGAUGAAGCUGGUGGAUACUAAGCAUGCACAGCAGAUUCAGAAUUUCACCAUAUUGAAAGGUGCUCCUGGUCCACCAGGUCCAAAGGGAAACAAAGGUGAUACAGGACCAUUAGGGCCUGCUGGGCUUACAGGAAUAAAGGGAGACAAGGGUCGUCCUGGUAUCCCUGGGCUUGUUGGGCCAAAGGGUUUAAUAGGUCCCAAAGGAACCCAAGGGGAGCCUGGACCUUCUGGGGCCAGAGGAAACACAGGACUUAAAGGAGCCAAAGGGCCUUUAGGACAACCAGGACCUCGUGGUGAAAAGGGACAAAAGGGUGACAUGGGCGUUGCAGGGAAAGAUGGAUUACCAGGACCUAAAGGACCAACAGGAAUUCAAGGACAGGCAGGGCUUCCUGGUGUACAUGGGAUUCCUGGAGUUAGAGGAAAACCUGGUCCUGUCGGUCCACCUGGCCCACGUGGACCUCCAGGCCCUCCAGGAAACUACACUGGGGCAUGAGAAAACUUUAUACCUCUCUGUUCUCUAAAUUGUUCAAGUUUCAUGCAGCUGACAUCUCAUGAACUGCCUUGUUGGAAACAGAACAAUGUCACUGAAUGUGGACAACAGAAGUCGACUUCGAACUAUGUGCCUUAAAAAUGAACAUUGUCAAUCAAGGAACGUCAUCUCCAAAUGCUAUGCAUGAAACACAUACCCUCUUGGUAGACAGGUACCCCACUUUAUCUCCAUUGUAUAUUCCUCAGGCUUUAAAUUGAGCACAUAUACCCAACAUCUUGCACUUUGUAGUAAUGAGAGUGACUUCACAACAAUGGUAGUUGACUGUGCAGAAACUGCCAUGGCACAUUGUCUUACUGUUUGCUUAAAGCUGCACUAUGUAAGAUUGUUUUGUUAAAAUUAAAAGAAGUAGCAGCACUGAGUAAGGAGAAAAACAAACUAAAACAUGCUGUGUGUGCACUGCUGCGAGUUGCCCUGUAAAGCCUGAAAUAAUAGAUGCGUAGGAUCAGACUUGGCAGGAGUUUUCAGACCACGUCAUACGCUUUUAUGUAUUAACGUCACACGCACAAAUAUGGUCCAGCAGACAUUCACUCAUACGCUUCAUUUAUGCUCUUGGAAGACAUGUCGUUCACAAAGUUUUCUAUGAACAUUCUUUCAAAACAGUGGCAAGGAAAGGAGGCACAAGGGACAAUGGGUCCAAAGUAGAGGUCUGCACUCCCCUGGAUAUCUUGUAGUACAGGACAAAUUUUUAGUGUUGCAUGCAGGAGCAGGUGGGAAACCAGCCCACUGUAGGCGGGAGCAGGCUGAAGCAGCAUGAGAAAUAAUGAAUAUUCUAAAUAAAGUAGAACAAUCAGUAAAUCAUAUAUAUAAACAAUGCAAAAUGAUAACAGUAAAAGUCAUUCUAAAGAGUUCUGAAGUGACCAAUCACAUGAUCAGCAUGUAAAUUCUCAUAGUUUACAGAGACGACGGGGGCUUCAUUCAGAUGGCUGCAGCUGCCAAGCCCAGCAAAACACCAAAAAUAACAGCUCUGUGGUUAAAUCCUGCUUUGCGUUUACUGGGAAUAAUGGCAUUUGGUGAAGUUACUUUACAGUGAACCCGAUGACCAUGACUGCCAUGUUAUUUCAGCAGAGAAUAAUGUAUUUGUGAACAGACUUUGUCAGAAAAAGACCGAAUGGGCUACUAUGUUUUAGUUGAGGGCAGGACCAGGAAAAAUCAUUCCGAUUUUCUGUGGGAGUAGGAUGAAAUCUUGUGGGAGUGAGCAGCAGCGAGACUGAAAGUCCUGCACAGACCUCUACCCCAAAGCACAGCCGGCGUUACCAAAUGUUAUUCUAUACAUUGUGUGCCAUCACACAUUUUCACCAGAGAGGUAUCCAAAUCCCCAAAUCUUACAUAGUGUGGUUUUAAUCUGUUGGACGAUUAAUUAUGAUUAGGAGUCUUAGGAAUGCCAGACGACGGAUGCCAGAAUAACAGCCAAUUUGUUAUUUGUUUUCCAUAAAGAAUCCCCUCUCAUAUCAUUACAACCAAUUUGAAGGCACUUUAAUGUUUCUAUUUUUUGAAAAAAGACAUUUAUUUUAGAACUAGAUCUAUUUUAUAUAUGCUCCAUGGUCUAUCCAGAGCAGGUACUCUGAAAUAGAAAUGUUAUUACUCUGAAAUACUUCCAGCAACAGAACUAUUCUUAACAAAAGUGUACAGGAUAGAGCCACAAUAAGAAAAGCACAUGUGAGAUCUGUAGCUGUAUGCUGUGAAUAUAGCAAAGCAGACAGGUACCUACCCUGCCAAACAUUGGCUAUUUGUCAAUGAAUAAUACAACAUUGGUAUGAUAUUCUUAAUAUACAUGUUGUUGUGUUCAAAUGCCAUUGAUCCUUUUUACAGCAUUUAUUUGAAUAAGUAUUGUUCUCUUAUUGUCUUGCACAGAUAUGUAAAUAUUUUGUUAAAAGAACUGUAGCUAAACAAGGAAAGUUACACCAUGUCGAAAUAAAUACCACAAUUCCAGGAAACCAUCUCCAGCACCAUGAAAAAAACAAACACACACACCAAAAAAAAAAACAAUGGACUGAGCAUUGACACAUGGGUGACCUCUGUGCAUAUUAAAGUACACAAUGAUACUGAGUGUGUUGAACUGAACUGGAACUGAAAUCGCCUGUCAUUUUGAGGCUAGCCAACUCAUAACUCUCAUUUAAAACACAUUUCUGGAUAAAGAUAAAACCUAAAAUGUGGCAUAUUACAC